ACGACUCGAGAUCGAGGCAGACAAACGAAAAUCCCGUAGAAGACACGAAGAAUUUUGCAGGAGUUUCGCGGCAGCAUAUGCGCCGGAUCACGGAGGAAUGAAAAGCCGAGAUACAGUUUAGCAAAGAUCGAAAAAGUCCGGCACUCGCGUCGACAGACAUUCACGAAGGUCCUGGCGUGCCACAAGACCCGAAUGUCGCGGCGUCCAUGGCAGAAAGCCGAUCUUCUGCGAAUCGGGAAACCGCAUGGAUCGCAGCACGUCAAAUAAGGCGGGUGUGCAGAAAUUGUGGCUCUUUACGAUGAGCUUGAAUGGGUCUGGUUAGGAAAUGGAUAAUAAUUGUCGCCGAUUGGCACUCCUCGGGACCUUUUUUCGCUCGAAGAGUGGCAAGGCACUCCGCUGGUUGCAUGCGUCGAAGGCGAGGCGGGUGCUCUCGGCACACCGAGACGUAGGCAAUUUCUGCGUGAAGAUUCUCAGAAAGAAAAUUGGGAGUCUGUGUCUGGUUGGCUUACUCUGCCCGUUCGCUUGGCUCUCUUUUCGGCCAGUCUUCUUGGGAAAAGGAGACUGUUUCGUCUCUGCGAACAUCAGCCGCGUGUCGGAGACAUUUCGAGCGCAUGCAGAGGCUCCGUGUGGCCGCUGUUUUCCACAGAAACAGGAAACGCGCACAAAAGCAACGUCUGUUUUGACACGGUGAACUCCAAUUCUUCGUCCUUUUCCUCUUCAGAAACAGCGCAACAGUUUUUUCUCUGCCUUGUCAGGAGGCUGACGCAGACUCCCAAUUCUGCGGCAGUGAUUUGCUUCUUCACCUGCGGGCACAGACCUUGGUGCCUCGACUUUCUCGAGGAAGCUGAGCACUCUAGGUCCUGUCUCUGAACUGGAGACGGCUGUUUCUGUGACGCGUCCCCGACGUUUCUGCAUCAAAUUGAGAGGGAGAAUAAAGCUUUCUCGAAUCCUCCUUUCUCGUUAUGAAAUAAGCCGCUGUCUGUCCCCGUCGCGCCGAGAGUUCUCUCCACCUUCAAGCGCUGUGUUUUCUUUCUACUUCGACUCGGC